AUGAGUGGUGCACCGUUCAUACCGGAGCUGUCGCUCGGUACCGUUGAGACGGGCGGUGGCUGGGGCGUCGGGGAGCAGUUUGCGCGGCUUCCACCGGCGUCCGUGCAGGCGGAGUCUCGGACCCCAGUCUACACGGUGGCCCCAGAUAGUGGCGGCUUCAACGUCCAUGACUCCGACGACGACUCUGCCACCCAGGAGGAGUCGGCGGAGGCCGAGACGAUUGAAGCGGAAGUGGUGCCGACGACACAUUACAGAAGACCGUCUAUGGAAGACGAUAACACAUUUAUAGAUCAUGGUAGCACGGUACCGCCGGCAUCACCGAGUAAAGACCUUUUUGAUAAAUUGGAGAUGAGAGGAGACGGCGGUGAUUAUUCGAAGCGGGGGCCAAACUCCAUAUCUUCACUGCAUGUGAAGUUCUUACGUCCUGUAUCCCGCAUGAUGGUAGGACCGCAGGUGCGGGCGAUGGUAGUUGCGCCUGAUGGUGCGUCCCUAUGGGCUGCCUUUGGGGAUGAUCCAGUCACCUUGUUGGACUUUAAGGGAUCGGAGUUAAAUAUUAGUCGAGCGCUGGACGUCACACAGGUGCACUCCAUGGCGGUAGUUCGUGUACCGGUGGCGAAGGCAGUGACAUUUAAACCAUCUCGUGGGGCGCAUCGCCCCAGUUACUUCGUUGCUUCAAAACCGCAGGUGGAUGAGGGGGAGGAGGUAGAAACAUAUGCGCUCUGGUGCGGUGUUACCCGGGGUAGCAUUGUCAUUGUGGACCUCACUAAUUUUAGUAUGGCAGGUGUCAUUAAAGCUGCACAUGCACAGACAAUUACUGGACUGUGGUACCUUGGAACCGGAAAGGUCUGGACGGCGGGCUACGAUAAGGCGCUAAAGGUUUGGGAUCCACAAACCCGGCGUCGUCUGAAGAGCCGAAAUAUCGCCACCAUCAUUUCGGAUCUCUGUUACGUGCGCAGUUGUAAGCAGGUGUGGACGAUCAGCGAUGACGCGUAUAUUCGCGUCUUUGACGCCGCCGGAAAUAAUGUACAAUUGGCGCAUCCAUCCCCUGAAAAACCAGAGAACACCCUCCGUAUGCGAAGUGAGAUGCGUUUCAUCACCUACUACGAGUCGGCCAAUCUCAUUUAUGUUGCGCUCACCCGUAGCCUUGCCGCCAUUGACCCGUCAACGUGUGGCAUGCCUGUCGUCAUCAACGCCACCAUCAGCUCUAUGACAUUCCUGGAGAACACGGCGCUUGUGACCGGCUACGGCGAGUGGCUGCAGUGCACGAAGGAGGCGAUUGGCCUCAUCGACCUCAGCGACCCGUACGUGCCGUCGCUACUCUUUCGCGGAGGUCCACUGGGAGGCAGCGUCACACCCGUCCGCAUGCGAUUUCUUACCGCCGUUCCGUUUGCCGUCGUGGCGCAGGAGGCGGGGCGAUCAGAGCGCUAUCUCUCCGUGUUCAGCUACGAGGACUCCAAGGCGUUCUGCAGGAGUGGGGGCGUGACGUCGAUCCCGCAACAGAGAAAAAUUACACUCGAAGCUCCGAGCACACGGCGUCCAGUGGCGGCGUCGCAGCACGCGCCCUCGCCUUCUUUCGCUGCCGCCACGUCCACACCGACGUCAGCGCUUUCGCCGUAUCCGAUCGUGUUUGCCACAGGCAAGCGGGGCAGCGUGAUGCGUGAGGAAAGCAACUUGAGCAGUGGGCACCCGCAGCGUGCCGCCGUGACCUCCUCGAGGGCGGAUGGCAACAACCAACGCCACCGCCAUCAGCACAGUCCUUCCGCCCCAUUCUCCCAAAAUUUUACACCAAUACAAAAUAGCAAUAGUAAUAACGCCGCCGUUGCCGCCAACACCGCUGUCAGCAGCAGAAGUCAGAGCACUACCGCUGCCAUGAGGACGUCGACUGCCAUCUAUUCAGAGAAUAGCCGUAAUCCUAGCAAAAGUGGCAUCAACGGUGGCGCAGAGAGAAGCGUCGCGGUGCAACUUACAACGCCCCCGGAACUAAUGACAUCACUAACCAAAAUUGAAAACAAAACAGAGGAUCUGAAGGCAUUGUUUGCCCAAAUAAGUGCUCCACGCCCCCUGCUAGACGACUUCUCCAAGUUGCACGCUUUAGUCUCUCGCAUGGCAAUGAAUAACCAGCUAGGACUCAACCUUGAUGAGGAGGAGAUGGAAAAUAUUGAGCGGGAUUACCAUUCACUCGAGGGCCGUGUCAUUGCUACAGCCGUGGAGCGCCUGCGUAAGACUGCAGCCGCUUCGUUACUAUCUUCUGUACCGAACUCCACGCGUCUCCGUGACAACUCUGGAAGACGUGACAAUGUUAGCAGUGUUGCGGUAACAUCCCCAUCCGUGGUAGAGAAGCGGGCAAAUGCCGUGACGGAAAUUAUGAAUAGCAGCAAGGCGGAGGAGACCGCGGGUUCUGUUGGCGGGUCAGAAAUUGCACCAGAAUCAUUGUUGCGCUGGGUUGCGCAAAUCACGAGAUCUGGACAGGGUGAGAGGGAGUCCCACCGGCGACAGCUAGAAAGCUUGCAGCGCCACAAUACACGCAUUGUAGAACGUAACGCAGCACUCAUCAAUGGGAUCGUACGCGUGGAACAGGCCAUUCGUACACAUGCACAGCGAUUACUCGAGGACGCGGAUGCUGCCGCGGCCGUCAUUUCAUCCGAUGCUAGCUGUGAUUCCUCCGCCCAUUUGCACGCCCAGCGGCACAUUCAGCUUCUUAACCAAUCACUGCAGCAGAUCGAACAGGUCUCUGUCUCAAGUUCCCCCAAGGAGAUUACGGAGGCGAUGGGAAGUUUUGUGACACUGAUAUCCCGCUUAUUCUCCACUCAGCAGGUCUUGCACGGUGACGAAAUCGCACGACGUGCCCCCUAUGAUUUUUCAUCUGGAAACGCACAUAACGAUCAAGUCUUCGACACAUCGCGUGCUUCGGCUCAAAACGGGAGCACCCUUUUAACCACACGCUCGCACUUCUCAAGGCCUACCGUGACGUCUGUUUUGUCUAUGCGACCGCAACGAAUGCGAGGCAUCGUUGAAGAUCAAAUCGCCUCCGUUGAGGAAUUUGUGAAGGAUGUUGGGAAAUUCUGGAGCCGCCUGGAGGAGACGCAGAAGGUUAUAUACGUACCGUACGAGAGUGGGGCCAAACCUGAUCUUUUCCAGGACUUUAUGCAGUUUGCCGUCCUCUGGCACUUGCGCGAGGCGCAGGUUAUGGUGGAUGUCUGUCGGAAAGAAUCCGUUAUGGUAAUGGCGGAGGUCCUUCUGGGUGAUAUUGAAAGUAGGGAGGGCGUGGUGGGUAGCAACAUGGCGGCCCCCAGGCGCACCAGCGCCCCCACCACUCUUCUCUCUUCCACAGAGAAGGCGAUGCACAGCGGUGGGGAGAAGAACCCCAACAGCGCCGAUAUAAAAAAGAGCAACAAAGGCGGCAACGCCAGUAUCUUGGUGGUACCCGCUGCCGCUGAGGCGAUACGAAGCGACUCGGCACGUUUGGUCAGCAUCGGCCUGGAGUUGGAGUCCGUCGCCUCACGCAUUCGUGAAUCACUUAAAGCGGCAGAGCAAAAUCUUCAAAUGGGAGUUGCGAAGGAGACCAUUGGAGGGUUUUUCUCAAUUCCAAAUGAGAAAUUCUUUAUUGACGCUACAAAACUUCGUGGGAUGUUGUAUUGGGAACGUGUCUCUAUGCACCUCCUCUACGAGUGCCUGGAGUGCCUUGAAGAGCUCGUGUUCCACUGCGAUGAACAGCCGCGUGCGUUCCGUAAAGACAACUUUAAGGCUCUGGAACAGCAGGUAGUGGAUUGGCGUCUCUUUUUGGAGGAUGUACACGGGGAAUGCACACAGCUGCGUUCCGUUAUUCUGUCGUCUCAGCAGGAGAGUUGUACAGGGCGAAUGUCGGCAGCAGCGACAGCGAGUUCAGUUGUAUACGAUCGCAGUAGUUCUUUAGGCUCGCGGGAGAUGAGCCGUAACAGUGAUGGAGAUACGACUAGUACGGAACGAACCACACAGUGGGUGCUGCUUUUUGGUCUAUACGUGCAAUACGCCGAGCGGACCGACGCCACGCCGUUGCUGUUUGCAUCUCAUGAUCCCGGAGACACCGUGAGUGCAGCCGACUUUGGGCUAAUGGCGCUACUUGACGAAGUUGCAGAAAUAAUGGAGACAGUGCGUGCGAAGAGUGCGGCUCUGCUGCGUUACUGCCAGAAGAUACAGGGUCGAAUCGCCCGCGUCGUUGAAGAUGUCGUGGUGAAUGAGGAGACGGGACAAGUGUUUGUUCCAGCGUGUCGCGGAGGUCCCAUUGCGGAGCGGUACUGUAAAGGGUUUUGUCACGAUAUGAGCUGA